AUGUCCGAAGGCUGGAACGAAAAUACACCUCCAUACAAAGCAGUCUAUAAGCAGCCAGUUUACCAACCGGGACCGACACCAAAUUAUGCCGAACCAUAUGCACCGUCUGGUGCGCCUCCAGACACAGACUUCGGGAAUGGCUUUAGCGACCCGAAGUCACCAUAUGAAGGAGACCGAUUCAAGCCCCGGAAAAGGAUCAACGACCCGUUCUUCUUGAUUGUUUUCAUGUUGCAGCUUGCUGGGUUUGCUGUUUUGUCCGGAAUUGCAGUUAAUGAAUGGGUAAAGUCUGGGGGAUUGGGGGGUGGGAUUGGCAGCGGGAACACAGGGAGUUCUGUCACUUUAAAUUACCACACUGUAAUUUUACUUUUGCUCAUCACAGCUGCAGCACUCGUCCUCUCUACAGUAUAUCUUAUCCUGACGCGCAUAUUCACGCGCCUUAUUAUGCAUUUUACGCUCUUACUAUCUAUUGCGCUGAAUAUAGGGAUUUGCGUGUAUUACUGGAUCACCAAAUAUUGGUCCGGUGCCAUUAUUUUCACCGUCGUUGCGCUAGUCUCAAUCUUAGCCUACUUUGGUUAUCGUUCUCGUAUUCCCCUUGCCUCUCUUCUCUUGCAGGUCAUAAUGGACGUCUCCAAGCACCACUGGAGUGUCUACGUCGUAGCGUUUGCCGCGUUGAUCUUACAAGCGGCCUGGAGUGUAUGGUUCACGUUCACCGUAAUUUCCAUAUAUGCAAAGUGGACGCCAGGCAACCCUAGUUGUGAAAAUGGCACAUCUUGCUCCUCAAGCAAAGUCGCAGGGCUUGUCUUUUAUGCGACAUUUUCAUUUCUUUGGACGUCGCAAACAAUUGGGAACGUCGCGCUUGCCACGUUAGCCGGUGGGCCUUUUGGAUGUGAGGAUUUUCACAAUCGAUUUAUCUGGCGGCGAGUGACGCAAUCACAGGCUGGUAUUACUUUGGCCCGCGCGAUCAGGGACUGA